UCACCUGCUGUUAAUCAUUGACAGCCUGCAGUUUGAGAGUAUAAAAGAGGCUGAUCAGCCUUUCUUGCUCUACCUGUGUUGUCUGCCAUCAUGUCUUUCUCUGGAAAAUACCAGCUGGAGUCUCAGGAGAACUUUGAGCCUUUCAUGAAGGCUAUUGGGCUUCCUGAUGACCUCAUCCAGAAAGGAAAAGACAUCAAGAGCAUCUCUGAAAUUGUUGAAAAUGGUGACAACUUUACGGUGACCAUCACUACUGGGUCCAAAGUCAUGACCAACACUUUCACUAUUGGACAGGAGGCUGAGCUGGAGAUGAUGACUGGAGAGAAGGUCAAGGGAGUGGUGGCGCGAGAUGGCAACAAGCUCAAGGUUACUCUGAAGGGAAUCGAGUCUGUCACUGAGCUGGUGGAUCAGGACACGAUUGUUAAUACUAUGACUGUCGGCGGCCUAGUGUACAAAAGGACAAGCAAGCGCAUGUAAAGUGUUAACAUUGAAUUAAAAAACAAAUCAUGAAAGCGGA